AUGCCCUUCAACUUCUCGAUCCCGACUACCCUCCUUUUCUUGCUCAUCAACGUCCUCUCAUUCCUUCCACUCCCAGCCCGCGCUCAAUCCAGCACCGCACCUAGUAAUCUCCCUCAAAUUGAUUAUACCCGGAUGGGAACGGUUACCCUCACAGGAUCUUUUGUAGGAUUGGACUUUUACACCAACUCUUCUGCUUCAUUAGGAGCGUUCUCUACGACGGAAGGAGAGGGCGAAGGGGAUGUUCUGGUUGCCCGAGGCGGAGAUAACGGGGCAAGGGUACUGGGGAGAACGGAUGCUGGGGGGUCGAUCUAUGCGAUCUGCAGUACCUCAGCUUCGUCCGGAAGUGAUGGGGAUGGGGAAGAGGUCUAUGUGGGGGGGAACUUUACUCGGUUCGGCGAGGUUGAUAUCUCAACGGAUGUGGGCUUGGGGUUGGUCAGGGUGUUCGUGCCGAAAGAAGACGGAGGAGAGGUCAAGGUUACGCCCGUGACUCUGAGUUCGGGGGUGCAAGCAGGACCGGGAGGAGGAAACGGGAUGACGGGUGUCAGGGCGCUUUACUGUGACGAGGACAAAGUCUGGGUCGGCGGUUCUUUCGGCAACAGCGACACCUCCAAUGAUGAUGAAGCGAACAACGUUCUCAUCUUGGACCCCUCUUCUAUGCAACUCUCCCUCCCUCCCUUUUCUGGCCUGAACGGAUCCGUCAGCUCCAUCACCCCUUCAUCGACUCCCGGCGGGUUGAUCUUCUCCGGGUCGUUCUCGACUCUCUUCCGUACGGACGGACUGAACACGACCACAAACUCGACUUCCAACUCGACCACCGUGACUCUGGACGAGGUCUUGCAAGCUUACCCGGGAGACGCACCUCAGGGGACGAUCACAACCGGGUUUUCUCGGUACCUCACCCCUCUCUCGCUUACGAACGCUUCGAUCGACGCUGGGCCAACUAGGGACGGGUCGGCCAGUGUCAAGGAUAUCACUUGUCCCUCGGGAGCAGGGCAGGCGGGUUAUUACGGACGAGAUGGGAGUGCGGUCAAGGUGACGGUCAGGUUGUUCAGGGAGUUGAGGGCGUUGGGAGUGAGGUUGGGGAAUGGAUUGGAGGCGGGAAGGGGGACCACUGCAUUUAGGGUGGUUACUAUCCCGGAUAACACUCAGCGAACCUUGAUCUACACCGACCCAGCCACAGGAUCGAAUGCCACUUGUUCGGAUUCCUGUCCCUUAUCCACCAACUCCAGCAUCGCCGCCCAGGAUUUCCUAUUCUCCGAGGGAAUGGAGAGUAUCACCGGGUUUCAGGUCUACCUGGAAGGAUGGACCGGGGACGGGGCGGGGUUGAGUCGGUUGCAGUUGUUGUCGAGCGGAGGGACCGCCUCGGCCGUCUCUGGCGACAAUUAUCCGGUGUGUCAGUCAGAUUCUGGGUCGACGUCUGCCUCAUCCAACGUGGAGAAGACCGGACAGUGGACGGAUAGACAAGUGGACACGUCCAUUUCGGGAACCGUUCAGUCCGUGUCUGUCGCCAGUGUACCCAAUGGAUCGGGCGACCGACCGAGUACGACCUGGUACCCUUAUAUCGCGAGCUCGGGAAACUAUUCCGUCUUUCUCAAUAUCCCUGGGUGUCAGAGGAUGGGAGAUUGCGAUUCCCGGACGAGCGUUGACGUCGGCGUCUUUCCCUACGCGGGGAGUUUGGGGUAUACGAGCAAUAUCGCCCAAACGGUCGAUGCGGAUACGCGCGAGUUGAUCUAUUCCGGAUAUAUGCAAGCUUCGGAGCAGGGAAGCUUCCAGUCGACCGUCCGUUUGGCGCUGGCAGCCAACCCGGGAGGGACGAGCUCGGGAAGGUGGGAGGUCGUCGCUGGGAGCGUUACGCUCGAGUAUACCGCCGCAGUCACUCGGAACGGGACGAGCAUUCCCCUUGUUACCGGGCUCAACGCGACGGUCACUGUCAACUCGACCGAAUUCGGCAAUACGACCUUGGGCGAAGGCUCGACGAGGAGGUCGUUCGGCGUGUUCGAGUGGGUCGAGGGGGGUGCCGAGGUGGAUGCGACGAGGGUUCUGGGUAACGAAACCGAGACGGAUUUGACUAUGCUCGGGUUUGUCCUACAGAACGCCACGAGUGGAGAGAUAGACAACGCUAGCGUUAGGACGGUUGUGACUCUGAAUGACGUCGUCUACGCCGCCGGACAGUUCGUCGACCAAGGCAACUUUUCCAAUGUCGUAGCACUCAAGGAUGGGGCCGUUUCGAGCCUGGCUCAAGGAGGAUUGAACGGACUUGUCACCUCUGCUCUUGCUAGCGGUGAUCGAGUAUUUUUCGGGGGAGAGUUUACCGGGACAGCUGAAGGAUCGACUUCACUGAAUCGACUCGCUCGAUACGAUCCUUCGGACGAAAGCUGGUCUACGCUCGCGGGCGGAGUUGACGGACCCGUGUCCAGUUUGGAAGCGGGUUCGGGCGACGAGAUCCUGAUUGUGGGCAACUUUUCCAACACCAUCAAUUCGGAUGGAACCACCUCUACUACAGGCGGUUAUGCUGUAUGGAACACUAACUCCGAGUCGUGGACUACUUCUGGAAUCGUCGUCGGGACCGUCAACACCGUCUCUGUCGAUGGCGACCAGACGUAUCUCGCAGGGAGGGUUCAAGGUGUCAGCGAGAAUGCCGCUAAUGGAAUCGCUUACCUCUCAGGUAGUGGAGAGGAUGCUUCCAUUUCGGCUGGCAACAUUGACUUCGCCUCGAACACAACAAUGAGCAGCCCCAGCCGCAAGCGAAGUAUCCUGCCACACGGUCAUCCUACGCGUACAUGGAUGAACAGGUUCUCGGAGGCGCUCAGGAAACGGCAGGCCUCUACCCCAGCGAGCACUCCAGCUGGGAUUCCUCAAGUCAUUUCCGAAGCUCCGACUAUUUUGACGGCUGCUUACUGGACCAACAGCAGCGCUUCUGGCAGCCCUACCGUGACCUGUAUCGGUGGGAACUUUAGCCUUGCCGACUCUCGUGGCAUGUCUAUUGGGUUCUACAACCAGGAAAGCCGUACAACCACCCCGGUCAACGGUCAACAGCCGGAAGGAGUCGUGCGAAGUCUCGAGGUCAUCGGUGAUACGCUCGUCGUAGCGGGUAAUUUUGUGCUCGGCGAGCAAAACUCAAUCGCAUCGUAUGAUCUCGCUGGCAACUCGUGGAACAGCGCGGUACCAGGUUUGAACAACGGUACCGGCGCUGGAGACGUCUACGUCGUCCGCAAACAGCCCAAUGCCAAUAUGCUGAUCGCCGCCGGUGCCUUUACGACUGCCGGAUCGCUGCCUUGUGUAGGCGUUUGCGCAUGGGAUCUCGACACGGCGAGAUGGUCUGCGCUCGGCUCGGGACUCUCGCAUGGAUCCGUUCGGACGAUCGAGUUUGUCGAUCAAUCGCUGCUCAUCGCCGGAACAUUUGCCUUGUCGGACGGGACCUCGGCAUACGUUGCAAAGUAUGACUUCGAUUCAGCGUCCUGGACCGCUUUGGCGACAAGCGACCAGCUUUCAGGACCGGUCACUGCGAUGGCGCUCGACGACGGAGAUGUGGACAAGAUCUAUGCGGCUGGAGUCUCCGAUAACAAUGGCAACCCAUACGUACAGCGGUGGAAUGGUCAGAAUUGGGAGACGCAGGAACCUUCGCCGCUUGCCGGCACCCAGGUCUCAUCCAUGGUCAUGGUUCCGCUCGCUACCGAGUACAGCAAAAGCCAGAUGAUGGAGAACGAUCGGAUGCUCAUGGUCAUCGGCUCUCUGGUGCUUCCCAACUCGGGCAAUUCGACCGCGGCUCUUUAUGAUGGGCAGGAAUGGAUCCCUUAUCUGACAAGCGUCGGGCGUAACGGCAAUGGUGCCGGUGCCAGCGGCCUCUUCUUUUCGAUUCACGACUUCUCCUUCCACACUCGACACUAUUUGGCACUUGGUCUCAUCGUGCUGAUCGCUCUAGCCAUCUCGACGGGACUGAUCUUCCUUUUCGUCCUGCUCGGACUCUUAGUCUUAUUCUGGUGGCGACGACACCGCAAACAGCCUACACCCCCACCGGUCGUCACCACUCUCAUGGAAAAACGACCGAGUUCAGAGUUCGGCGACACCGACAGUCUUCGCUUGCGCCGGCUCGGGGCGAUUCAGCAGGCUGUCUUUGGAUCCUCAGCAGUGGCCGCGACAUCUUUCGCGGCGGCGAGCAAAGCUCAAUCACCUCGUGACACGGCCAACGAUGACACCCGCUCGUCAUUUGGCUACGAUAGCACGAGUCAAGGACACACGAUGGGUGUGCCGACAGAUGUCACGCAUGGGGAAUCAAGUUCGCCUUCCCAUAUGGGACGACCGACUACGGUUAAAUACAACUUCGAGGCCGUUGACCCGGCGGAACUCACGGUAUGUGAGGGCGACCACGUCAACGUCUUGGAAGAGGAUGAAUCGGAGCAGUGGUGGUAUGUACGGGACCGGGAGGGAAGGGAAGGCGUGGUCCCCGCCUCGUAUCUUUGGUAA